CUCUCUUUUUGUCUUUAUACAAAAAUAAUAUUUAUAUAUAUUUAUAUAUAUAUAUUAUUAAAUAAAUUAAAGCAUAACCGAGAGAUUGGGUUGAUAUCCUGUAAGAGUACGCGGGUAUGGUAUAUUUGACGGGUCUUUGGGGUAUGGGAGAGACUGAAUCACAGUGCCAUAGCACCAACGCUUCGCCAGUCUCUUCCUCGUUUCAGGACCAUGACGAAGAAGUUGCGUUGCAUCCUCUCAAGAAUCAGGUUGGUGGACAUACAAGGCUGCUGCUACUCAACAAGAAUACUAUUUGUAAACCAUUGAACUGCAGGGAACUUGACUUCUAUCAAAACAUUCCACAAGAUAUACAAAUGUUUGUCCCAAAAUUUAAAGGUGUAAUGCAGGCCUCCAGUAGCGGUGAAGUUACGUUAGAUAAAAGAUACAGCCCAAGUUUUAGAGAACAAGAUAAUAAUCGUCAGGGAAAAAGUUCGACCAAGAGGAAACGUGACGACGUACUCAGGAUGAAAAUACAUCGUAGAAACAGUACGAUCGAUAUAUUAAAACCAGAAAUGCAUUUGGACAGCGCAUCUAACAGACAGUAUUUCCUAUUAUUGGAGAAUAUAACUUCUCAAUAUACCCAUCCAUGUAUACUCGAUUUAAAAAUGGGGACCAGACAACAUGGCGAUGAUGCCAGCGCUGAAAAGCGAAGUAAACAAAUAGCAAAAUGUGCCGCUAGUACGUCGGCUUCUUUGGGUGUACGAUUGUGCGGAAUGCAGGUAUAUCAAGUUGAUUCUGAUCAUUAUAUUAAAAGAGAUAAAUAUUGGGGCAGAGAAUUAAAUGAAGAAGGUUUUAAAGCUGCCUUAUAUCGAUUCUUUCACAAUGGCUUUUGUUUAAGAACAUUGGUUAUUGAAAGGGUGAUAUCUCGAUUAGAAAUAUUGCGUCGUGCUAUCGAAAGACAAAGUAGCUAUCGGUUCUACUCGUGCUCGUUGCUUAUAGUGUACGAAGGAUAUCAAAUAGAAGAAUUUACAACGCACAGACAUUCAACUUCUCUUCACGUUGAGGAAGAAUCUAAUGACCUAAGUUUCAUGGAAAAUACACCAGGUGGUUCGGAUACGUGUUACGACGCAGAUACAAGCAAUAAUUCAACGGAUUAUAAUCUUUCAGCACAGGAAGAAGUAAGCCAGGCAGCAUUGCACCGUGGUUUUGGUGAGGCUGCAGCUAGAGGUGCUAAAAAUACAACAGCAUUUUAUCCAGUUAACGAAGAAACCGUAUUUAUGGAUCCCCCACCGAGUUUGAUCAAUACGGUGGUUCAAUCCCCGUCUUAUGACAAUUGGAUGUUGUAUAGUAGUAGUAGUGGAGAAGAAUAUUGUUUUGGCCAACAUAUAGCUGCUAAUUCGGAGGACACUAGUUCAGAUAUGGACAUUAGAAGUGAGUGCGGAUUGAAACGUAACAGGCACAAACUCCGUUUACGUUCUUACGAUGAUGAAAGACAAGAUCAAGAUGAAUUAAAGGCAAACAGUAUUUCGAAAAGAUUCCGAGUUAAAACUGAACAAUCUUCUUCAACGUCGGUUGUUCAAGAAGCUAUGGUAGAUGUCAGAAUAAUAGAUUUUGCACAUACUACCUUUGGACGCAGUAGUUUAGCAUUGGCAUGUAAUUCUAGCUCUAUGGUUCAUCAGGGUCCUGACUGUGGUUUUCUAACUGGUUUGGAUAGCUUAAAACGAUUAUUAAUGGAAAUAUUGACAGAAGGUUAAGGACUAACUUUUUCUAUAACGAUAUGACUAUUGUUAUGGCUAUUAAAAGUAAAUAAAUAAAGGACAUGUAUAUGUACCAGAGAAAAUAAGAACUCUCUUUUAUCAAUAACAAGAAGAAAAAGAAAUAAGAUUUAAAGAAAUGCAAGAUGAUUGCUAUUUAUUUUUGGACACUUUCAGAAAGAAAAUUAUAUGAGUGAUCGUCGUUUUCGAAGCAACGGUGAAAGGGUGAAAAAGAAAAAACGCAGAAACUUACGAAUAAGAAAGCGUGAGUGAAAUUAAUAAGGUAAUAAAUUAAAUAAUAACAAAAAAAUAUAUAUAAUUAUAAUAUAUAUUUAAAAAAAAAAAUAAAAUAAAUAAAUAAAAAGUAAAAAAGGGAAAGAACGAAGAUAGAAUUCUUCCGAGAGAAGCGUAGAGUUCAACUAGAGAUUAGAGCGUGUAUAUAUAUAAUUUCUAAAAAAAAAAAAC